GAGAGAGAGAGAGAGAGAGAGAGAGAGAGAGAGAGAGAUUUGGUAGUAUGGGACAGAGUGAGUGAAGUAUGGGACAGAAGUGUGGUCCCAUUCAGCGAAGUGUGGGACAUCGCCAUUCGUUUAUGUACUGGUCCAUACUACCUCUCAAAAUUACGGAAGUGUGGACCAAAAGGCCCACACUUCCUAGAAGUUUGGGGCAACUUCCAUAGAAAUGAUAGUCACCAGUCUUUUGAUUAUGGAAAGCUGGAAUGUAUUGUAUUUGCACAAAAAACACAAUUUAUCAUUUAAAAUUGUAUUUACAUUUGUGGUUUCUUGGUUGUCGUCACAGGGAAUGACGAUCAAGACAAAAACAACAACUAAGUGCUAAAAUCAACUAAAAACCAUAAUUUUUCCGGGAGACUACCUCAAAAGGGCCUUUAUAAAGUUUAAUAUACAGGCACGCAUGUGGACACCGGCGCCCCAUACACUCUACAUUAAUUAGCUAAUUAAUACUAGGAGUAAUUAGCGACACAAAAACAAAGCAAUAAGAUGGAAGAAUCGAGCGAUGACAUGGACUUUUCUAUAGAUUCUACGAUGCAAGCCAAUGCACACCAUAUUGCCAGAAUGCUAGCCUUCAACAUCCCUCCCCAUGUAUACUACCCUCAUUUGAAAAAAGGAGGCUCUCUUAAAGAACUGGCAAGAAAAUUUCGAAAAAGAGAUGAGAAUGAUGAGCAAGAAGAGGAUGAUGAAAUGGAACUAGACGAUGAUGAAGAAGAGGAAGGAACAGAGGAUGAUGAAAUGGAAGGAACAGAUGAGAAUGAAGAGGAAGGAGGAACAGAGGGUGGUGACAAGGAAGGGGGAUCAGAGACUGAGGAAGGAGAAAAGAAUGAAGAAACCAUAACAGAAUCUUCUAAACGUGGAGAGCCAAGCUUGAGCAAAGAUGAUACUGAAGAUGAAGAUGAAACUGAAGAUGAAGAUGAAGAUGAAGAAAUUAAAGAACAUCAAAAGAAAUCUGGUCGAAUUGAACGACAGUGUCCAGUAUGUAACUCACCAACAGCAAUGCUUGCAAAGCAUCUCCGAAGAAAACACAAAAACCUAAAUGAAGAGGAAAUAUGGGGCUUCAUAUACCAAGCCAGGAAAAAAGUCCCUAUUCAAAGACAGUCUUCAAGGGGAAAGAAGAGAUAUGGCAAGGACUGCCCACUGUGUCAGGCAAAGGGCCUCACAAAGCUCACAGAUCAUCUUAAACGAAAGCACAAGGGUACUCGGCUAGAUGCUGGAGGAAAGAAAGCCACACAGACAGACAUUUUCGACAGAUUCCAUAAGUUUGCAAAGUUUUGCUGUAAGGACAAAACAAGUGAACAACAUGUAACACAGCUGAGGAAGAUGUCUGAAAUGGCAGGUGGCCUCAAUGUCUUGUUCAACGAUAAGGACUCAAUAUACAGGGUUUUUGAAGAGCUGAAGGCAGAGUUCAGACCGAAAACAGUCAGCAAGUAUUUGUCCAGCUUUUCCAAGUUUAUCGCGAUGCUGAAAGUAGAAUAUUCUGAUGCAGAACAACUUAAAAUUUCUCCAAGAGAAAUCCAGCGAAUGGAAGGACUUCUGAUUCAGCUUACAAAGAACACUGCUCUUGGAAUCAAGGAAAGAGAGGCGGAAUUAAAAGACACUAUUCAAGGUUGCUUGAGGGCAUUAAAUGAAAUUCGUUGA